AUGUCCACGACGCCGUUCGUGGUCAAGCACGAUGGGAAGAAGCACAACAUUGAACACUUCUUGCGCUUCCAUCCGGGCGGCACCAACACAUUGUCAUUUCUGAAGAACGCCGAUGUCACCGACCGGCUAUUCGCCACUCACCACUCUGCUGCUGCAUACGAGUUGCUCAAGGAUUACAGAGUAGACGAGGAAGAUGUAAACAAACACCUUAGAGAAGAUGGCGAUCUAGAAAGUCUUGUAGAUUGGAAUCGACCUAUGUUUUGGCAAGUUGGAUCAUUAGGCCCAAAGUAUAAAGAAUGGGUGUUGGCUCCUGUUGAUCGAAAACUGAGAUUGUUCGGCUCCGAUUUCAUAGAAUCACUCACCAUUACUUCAUGGUAUAUGGUGCCAUCGAUUUGGAUACCUGUGAUGUUAUACCUGAUAUUCAUUGGUUACCAGAGGUUAAGAAGUUCACUAACCAGCCCAGUAGAUCAAACAAUUACUUCAGAUAAUUUUUCGAUAGGAAUAUUGGUCAUAAGUUCAACAAUAUUGGGCUUACUUUUGUGGCCUCUCAUUGAGUAUACCAUUCAUCGCUGGCUGUUUCAUCUGCAGCCUCCAGACAACUCACCAUUACUUAUAACAUUGCAUUUCGGCAUUCACGGACUACAUCACAAGGUGCCAUUCGACGACCGACGGUUAUUGUUUCCGCCAGGGCCGGCCGCAGUACUAAUAUCAGCUGCGUACGCUAUAUACCUGAUGCUAUUUCCUCAUUGGAUGGCGCCGCUCGUAUUAGCCGGCAUGAUUGCGGGCUAUGUAACUUAUGAUUUAAUACAUUUUUACUUACACUACGGAUGUCCCAGGGAAGGCUCGUACCUGUACACAAUGAAAAGAUACCACAACCAACAUCAUUUCGCGCACCACGAGAGCGGUUUCGGUAUCAGCAGCCAAUUUUGGGACCACAUAUUCGGCACAGCGAUUGCACUGAAAAAGCUUAGCCGAUGUUUAAAAUGGUACUAA